AUGUUCGCCUUGGUGGCCCUGGCCGAGCUUUGUCUUAGCCUUGCGGUGCGGCCGGAGAUCUUUAUCGGACAGGACACAGCGAGAGCAUCGCAGCCCAGCCUUACACUACCAGCGCGGCCGAGAUCGAUCGAGGACCGUGCGAGCCUGGCGCAGGUCGAGAACAAGACUUGUCCUUCCGAGGCGGACCUCGGGUCCUGGCUCCAAGAGCUGGGCCUCAGCGGCGAAGGAGAUCCCUGCGGAUGGCAAGGCGUGACUUGCGAGGAAGGCUGCCACGUCAAAUGGCUUUGGUCCGAAGGUCGGACCGAAAUGACGGGCAACCUCGGUCCCCUACGGCACUUCACCCGGCUCGAAUCGUUGUUGCUCCCCGAAACCCAAGUUUCGGGCGACCUUAGCCAUCUGCAGAGUCUCACCCGGCUCAGUGAGCUGGACCUUUCACAAACGCAGGUGCGAGGCGACUUGGCCUCCUUACAGCACCUCACUGGACUUUGCAGCCUGGACCUCGCCCAAACCCAAGUGUCGGGCGAUCUCCACCACCUGCAAAACCUCACCCAGCUCCGCCGGCUGCUCCUCCACCAAACCCAGGUGUCCGGAGAUUUGGGCUUCUUGCAGAACUUCACCCGGCUGUCGAAACUGGACCUCUCCCGGACCCGAGUGUCGGGCGACCUGAGCACAGUGCAAAGCCUGAAAGUCGCAAGGGUCUUGGGCUUCUUCUACGCCUCCCGGACCCAGCUGUGGGGUGAUCUCCGCCCCUUCAGAACCUUCACGCGGCUCAAGAAGCUAGAUGUCUCUCAAACCCAGGUGUCGGGCGAUUUGGGCACCCUUGCCAGCCUCACUCGCAUCACAGUGCUGAAGCUCUCCCACACCCAGGUGUCAGGUGAUCUGAGCACAUUGCAGAACUUCACCGAAAUCGCAUUGCUAGACCUUUCAAGGACAAAGGUUUGGGGCGAUCUGAACCCUUUGCAGAACCUCACUCAGCUCCUGGAGCUGCGCCUCUCCCACACACGGGUCUCGGGCGGUCUGGGCCCUUUGGGGCGCUUGAGAGAGCUUCAGGACCUGGACGUGUCCAACACGCCAAUUGCAGGCGAGCUCAGCACGCUCGUCAACCUGACGGCCUUGCGAACUGCCGACCUGAGCCACACCAACGUCACCGGCUGGUUUUCCACGGACCCACCUUGGCGAGGCUGUUGCCAGCGCUUGCGAGAGCUCAACGUAGCUGCCAGCAAGGCAGGUGGCGGACUGAACGAGAAGACUUGGGCCUUGGCCAAAGAAGACGACUUGCUCCCGAGCUUGCAAAUCCUGGAUGUCUCUGGCUGCGAGAUGAACGUACCUGUGGCAGACUUCUUACUUCCGCUGAUGACGACGCCCUUGACUGUGAUUAGCGCCAGAUCCUGUGGCCUGCACGAUGAAGUGCCUCGACUGCGAGAGCUACCGCGCCUGGGGCGAAUGGGAAGAGUGCAGGUCGGCCUGAAUCAUGCGACAGGGGAUCAUGGUAGCUUUCGCUUACCCAAGACACUGCAGGGCAUUGACCUGUCAGGGAACAACAUUACAGCACUUGAGGAGUUGCCGGCAGGCCUGCAAGUGCGCUUGCAGCAGAACGGCCAGCCCCUCGUCAUUGCACCGCCGGCCCUACAGCAAGCGGUCCGCCAACAGACCUUCCUGGACUUAUCCGGCACGGCUGUAGCGAACAAACAGGACAUGAAGCAAUUGCUGGAGAAGGAGCUGAAGCUGCAGGAUUCCAGGCCGGUCACCAACAAGACAGAGGGCUGGGCCUGUGCCUUGCCGGCGGCCGGCACUUUGCUCAUCACACCGCAGGUCUUUCUCCCUGAGGACAUGUGCGCGUGCCAAGCAGGGUUUUAUGGUCAUGGAGUCAACUGCACCGCCUGUUCCCCCAACACUUUCGCAGAGAUGGAAGGCCAAGCAAGCUGCAAGCCCUGCCCUCCACACAGCUUCUCCGCCGGUUCUGCAAAGAUUUGUGAGUGUACAUUCGGGACCAUGCACGGUCCUCCAGGCAACAAGAGCUGCAAAUGCAGAGCAGGCACAGCGCGCUUGGGGACGAGGUGCGAGCAGUGCAGCCAACUUCAUCUCGAGUGUGAAGCACGUGGGCUACUUGCAGAAGAAGCACCCCCAGAGCCGGGAUAUGUGCGCCUCUUGCAGCCAUCGGGACGGGCUUACCGCUGCCCUAUUCCAUCACAUUGUACGAACGCCACGAUGUCGGGGUGCAAGAACGGAUACGCUGGCCCGCUCUGUACCGACUGCGCGCCGGGCUUCAGAGCCUCCGGUACCGGGUGCUUCGAAUGUGGCAAGAUGUCCAGGACGUCCAAAGAGUUUUCCGGCUUUGCAUUGCUGCUGGCCGUUGUCCUCGCUGGUUGCCUCGGCGCUGCCUUUUGGGCCUGCAGGCCUGCGUUGCCCACUGACCUGCGCUCCAAGAGCUUGAGCCGCCUGCUGGCGGCACAGGCGCCGGUGCUUCUGCAGCUGGCGCAGCUUUGGGCCGUGCUCGGCAAGCGUUUGCCGCGGCGCGCGAGCGAGGAGUCCGUCGCCCCGGAAGCCGGUGGCAGCAGUGACUCUCUUGUAUCGUAUAUGGAAGUCCUGCAGUUGACUGGUGUGGAGGUGCAAAACGCCUUUGCCUUGCAGUGCGUCUUUGAUGCUUCAACGGUGCGGACAGCCUUCGCGUUGGCAACUCCUCUUCUGCCUCUGGCAGUAGUUGCCGUCUGCAUGUGCCUUGAGCUCUUCAGACGUGGGCUUGGAAUCAGCAUGUCGUUGAAAGCUCUCGCGAUCCUUUUCGUUGGCGGUGCCUCGGGGGCUGCCGAACUUCUGGAAUGCCAGCACUCGGACGGCGAAGGAAAAGCCAUUCCAGACGACUUGGCCUUUCGACCGCUCUUCCCUCACUUGAAGUGCAAGGCGGACGGGGAGUCGGCCUGGGUCGACUGGGUCGGGGGGGUCAGCGUCUUCGGCUACGUCAUCGUCGUGCCAUGCCUCAUGGCGCUCCUCUUCGUCAAGCAAAGGGCGGUGAUGAGGAAGGCCAAGACGUUCAUUGUCUAUGGGCUCGUGGAAUCGGAGGGCAAGGCACACUUGAAGAUACGUACGUGCAGCGAUGAGAUGUUGUUCGAGGAUCAUGUUUUGGAAAAGCGCCUGGUCGCCGCGGCGGCGUCGCACUUGGCCGUUUAUGUUCGCGGACGUGCAGUGGUUGAGCUUCACAAGGACUCAGUGGCUGUUAGUCCACUACCGGGGAGCUCAUGGGGAUAUGACGCCUUGAGUUUCGGCGAGGUCGGUGACCAGAAAGAGACGGAUAUUCUGAGCCGGAAUGAUCUCAUGCAAAUGUUGACGGAGCGAUCAAUCCUGGGGGACAGCACUUUGGACAGAUCGUUGGUUGGCACCAAGGAGCUGCUUUGCAAGUAUGCACCGUGCGAGAAGGUCUGGAUGGAGGUCUUGCUGAAGGGGGCUUCUGCGGUAUUGGUUGCUGUGGCGACGAUGAAUUCUCUGUGGCUCACAGUGGCCGUCGCCCUUACCAUGGCCGCGGUGGUCGCGGUCGCGGGCCCCUUUGUGCAACCCGAGAUGGACGCACUCCAGUGCCUUUGCUUCUGCUGCUUGGCGUUGGCGGCGGUGGGCUUCACGUGUGAGGGCCUGAUUGGCGUCUGCCUGACGCGCCUGGCACUUCUGGCCCCUCUGCUUCUGGUGGCGGCGCAGCUGCCAUACCCAGACUCACCGGAGUUGCUUGCUCUGCGCUUGCAACAGGAGCUGGAAGAAAAGAUCCCGAACCUGAAAGCCGGUGAGCCCGUCGAAAUCUGCGCAGAAGAAGUCCGACUUUUGUGA